GUCACCUCUCUCAAUUCAAACGGAAGCAACACCUUCAACACCGCCGCCACCUUCGGCCCGACCCGAUCCUUAGCUCGAAAUCGCCAUAGCCACCUGCUCAGCUGCUCAUGUGAAGGCUGAAACUCUACAGACUCAGCCGCAAUUGCUUGCAAGUUGCAACUUCUAGUCUCCUACCGCUCUCCUUUUCAUAUAAAGUGUAAUCAGUCGCGACCGCCAUAUUUAGUUUCAUUACUCAUUUGCUUCCUUUCAGAUUCUUACACCUCUCUCUCAGUUCAUUGCGGAAUUUCCUCCCCUCUCCCUUCCAGAACCGAAUUUUGCUGUUUCAUUUAGAGCUGUCUCCGUUUCACUGCUUGUUCUCUGUCAUAGGCAGUUUCAGGAGCACUUAAAUAUUAAAGCUGGUAUCAAUUGAUGGGUCUUAUGCAAGAGGAAGUGUCUUCCAAACAAACUUCAACGUUGGAUGAUAAUGACCAAUUUAUUAACAAGCAAAAGCUUGCUGCUCCUGUCAAAUCUGCUGUUGAUAAGUUUCAACUCCUUCCCGAGUUUUUAAAGGUACGAGGGUUAGUAAAGCAACACUUGGAUUCAUUUAAUUACUUUGUAAAUACUGGCAUAAAGAAAAUUGUGCGCGCCAACAAUCGCAUAGUUUCCAGUGUUGAUCCAAGUAUUUAUCUCAGGUUUAAGGAUGUCAGAAUUGGUGAGCCCUCUAUGGCAGUUGAUGGUGUUCAAGAACAAGUUACUCCUCACAUGUGCCGAUUAUCAGACAUGACAUAUGCUGCACCGAUAUAUGUCAAUGUGGAGUAUGUUCAGGGAAGUCAUGAUCAGAAGACCAUAGUGGAGAAGAACGAUGUUAUUAUUGGAAGAAUGCCUAUUAUGUUACGAAGUUGCUGUUGUGUUCUACAUGGGAAAGAUGAAUCUGAACUCGCAAGAUAUGGUGAGUGUCCUCUUGAUCCGGGAGGAUAUUUUGUUAUUAAAGGGACAGAGAAGGUCAUGCUCAUCCAAGAACAACUUUCAAAGAAUAGAAUAAUUAUUGAUACUGACAAGAAGGGGAAUAUAAAUGCAUCUGUUACAAGCAGCACGGAGGCAACAAAAAGCAAAACAGUUAUUCAGAUGGAGAAGGAGAAGCUGUAUUUAUCUCUCAAUCAAUUUGUGAAAAAGAUUCCUAUCAUAGUGGUUAUAAAAGCUAUGGGAAUGGAGAGUGAUCAAGAGGUUGUGAUGAUGGUUGGUAGGGAUCCUCGAUUUAGUGCUUUACUUUUGCCUUCUAUCGAGGUAAUAUAUUUGAUUGAAUUCUACAUAUCUUGUUGCUCAAGCUUAUUUUCUUUAGUGGUUUGUUUUUAGGUUGCUCAAUUUCUU